UAGUACGUACUGAAUUUGUUAAAGGCUUCCAAAGAGGAAAUGGCAUCUUUCAUGGGAGAAACACGAGAGGCUAGUGGAGAAAAGAAACCUCAAGAAGAGGAUAGUAAACCGAGCAAGGUAGGUAUCUUUAUUAAAUACAAAAAUUGGUUCAGUUGUGCUAAAAUAGAAAAACAGAGAAGUCGGGAAAACCAAAUGUGCAUGUUCGAGUCAAACUGAAAUUGAUACAAUUGAAAAUAAAACUGAACAAAAUUGAACAGCUCUACCAAAUCGGUAAAAUGUUUCCUCAUAAAGGACCAGUAAAUGCCAGUGGGGAAGCUAGCCUUGGCAACAGGUAGCCUAACGCUAUGUAUUUUAAUGUUUGCAUUAUUUAAACCUUUAGAAAUAUACUGUCUUUGCCCUAUUCAGAUGCAGGUUUAUUAGCAUAGCAUAACCAGUUAUACCAUGUCUAGCCUUGACACUGUUAUAAAUGCCUUUUCUCAUAUCGAUCCAGUCAUUACUGUACAAGCGGAAACCUUAACUUGCGAGAGGAAACCUUGCAUAUAACAUGAUGUUAAUGCAAACAAUGCAUGGUAUAGUAUAAACACUACGUGACUGUUAUGUAGUGGGAGACUACGUGUUAUAUAUAUAGUGUUGUAGGAACACUACGGCCGGGUUAUGUAUAGUGGAAAUACUACGUGUAAUGUAGGGCACUCUCCAUACAUUUGACAGAAAUUCCGGAAAUCGUGCUAGAAAAUCAAAUGAAACACGUUAAUUUCUGGAAUGCUAUUUCAAAAAUUUCGGACAGUCUCGAGGUUGCUCACAAAUUGGAAAUUCCGGGAGUUUCGAAAUUUUUACUUUGCGUUAAAUCAUUUCCCAACCACGUUGCUGCUUUCCAGUCUUCGACGAGCAAAAACCAACACCAAAACCAAAAUGACGGGUUCUCGACCAUUUCAGUGCCUCGAGUCUGGAUUUAUUUCGCAGAAUGCUGAAAGAAGAGAUUUGAGCAGCAGUGUCAAAUUUUUCAAAAUUAAAGGAACAUCAUUGCAGAAAUUAACGUGAUCCAUUUGAUUUUCAAGCAAUUAAGAUUUCCGGAAUUUCCGUCAAAUGGAAUGCGCCCAACAAGCCUCCCAUUAGUUACAAGGCCUGUCAGCUGUAGCGUUCCAUUUUGCCACUAGACCGUCCGCAAACACAAACUGUUUUUUUCUUCAAAUGGAAAACGCCCGUAGUGUUGUAGGAACACUACGUAAUAUUAUGUAUUGUAGUGGUAACACUACGUCUAAUAAAUGUAUGACAUUACACUCUCAAUUUCCAUUAUACAAACCAUUCAACACGUACUUAGUUCUAUCGAGUCGUAUACUUCCCAAAUCCAGAUAUUUACCCAUACAUCCUUAAUUUACUUUCUCUAUGUGUAUACAGCUAAUUCAAAAAAGGUUGUUCUUUGCAAAUCUUAAACUCUAAACCUUAUGCUCCGAGCGUAUAAAUUAGCAUAACGGGAGCAUCAUUUAAUCAGUUUAGAAAUCAUAUAUGGGGCCCAUUUCUUAGAGACAUGAUAAAUAUCUCCUUACAAGAACAAUUCAUUCACCAAUAGCUGCAAUAUUCAACUACUAUUUUAUAAGCUUGAAACUUGUGCUCUCAUUAAGCUUUGUGGCGUUUGUGCACUUAAAGUUUAAGGUUUAAGGUUUAGAGUUUAAGGUUUGCAAAGGACAACUUUCUUUGAAUUGUUGCAUACAACUGUAUACAAUAUGUUUCAGGUUUCUGAGCCUACCAAAGAGUCCGUGUGGAUUAUGGAAACGGAGCCACAUGGAAGAUCGGUGACGAAAAAGCCAGGAAACGAUAAUCAAAAUAACGAGGUAUAGGCUACUUUAUACUAGGAAUUGUGCAAUUCUUCUUAGUAGAUUAUAGUCAGCAGUGUCAAGAUAUUGAGUGUCGUGGUGUCUAAAUCACUGGAAAUGGAUUGAGCAUUUCAACUCUGUCGUGAAGAAAGCCAACAAACGUUUGUAUUUCCUAAUUUUUCUUAGGUGUGCAAGCAUUCUUGCUGAAAAUAUCCUAAAAUUUUAUUGCACCUGCAUCAGAUCUGUUCUUCAGUAUUGUGAAACCUUGGGGGGGGGGGGGUGACACCCCUGUUUCUAUCUCAUCGGGUAUGCCCGUACAAUUUAGUCGGGCCGAAAUUUUGAAAAUAUUGCAGUGUCGCAGAUUUAAAAGUAAUAGCGGUAGGAAAAUGUGGUAGUGAAAAAUGCUCCGCACACCAACAAUUUUGGGAAAAGAAAUAUUAAUUUGCGACUGAUCAAAUGUUCGUCCCUCAGGAACGACUUCAGAAACACCUUUUGGUCGAGCAAAACAAGCUCACCCCCCGGCCGUAAUACCAAAGUUUCGCCCCUGUUGGAGAGCCCCCCUUGUUAACAUUCCAGGACUACACCUCUGCUUGCAUGCUCGUGGCAAUCUAUAGUUGUAGCAAACUUUCGUAUCAAAUUGUAGGCCGAAAAUUAC